AUGCGUGUGGAAACCUGCCAUUUCUGUUCCCGCCCCGCCUUCCCGGGGAAGGGCAUCACAUUCGUCCGCAAUGACGCCCGCCAGUUCCGAUUCUGUCGGUCCAAGUGCCACAAGAACUUCAAGAUGAAGCGCCAGCCCCGCAAGUUGAAGUGGACCAAGAGCCACCGCGCCGCUCGCGGCAAAGAGAUGAUCGUCGACUCGUCCCUGGUGCUGUCCCAGUUCUCCAAGAAGCGCAACGUCCCCAUCAAGUACGACCGCAACCUGGUUGCCGCCACCGUCACCGCCAUGCAGCGUGUCGAGGAGAUCCGCCAACGCCGCGAACGUGUGUUCACCAAGCGCCGCCUGGCCGGCAAGCUGGCUCGCGACCGCCAGCGCGAGGCCGACCGCAAGGUCGUCGCCGAGGGCGAGCACCUUAUCCGCAAGGAGCUGCGCGACCGCGAGGAAGGCCAACCUAUGGUGGCCGAGCAGAGCAAGACCGCCAACCGUGUCCACGGUGGGGAUCUGCUGGAGCAGAGGAAGAAGAAGAAGCUGUUGGUCGAUGGUGGAGUGCAGGACGAGAUGCAAAUCGAUUAA